AUGCAUUUGAAAAGGUUGAGCAUAUGGUACGAGUUUGUGCAUCAACCUCGCAAACCUCAUUGGGAUGCUGCUUUACGGAUCCUUAAAUACAUCAAAGGUACUCCUAGUCAAGGUUUGUUUUUUCCUGCCUCCAACAAUCUUGCCUUGAAAGCCUUUUGUGAUUCAGAUUGGGGAGGUUAUCGUGCCACUAGAAGGUCAGUUACUGGAUAUUGUGUAUUUCUUGGAAACUCUCUCAUCUCAUGGAAGUCUAAGAAACAAACCAUUGUUUCUAGAUCAUCAGCAGAAGCCGAAUAUCGAGCUAUGGCUAACACAUGUUUGGAGCUCACUUGGCUGCGCUAUAUAUUACAGGAUUUAAAAGUCCCACAAAGAGCUCCAACAUCAUUGUUCUGUGAUAAUCAGGCAGCUUUGCAUAUUGCAGCAAAUUCAGUUUUCCAUGAGCGUACGAAACACAUUGUCACAUAG